UCACGCAACACUUCCAGCCUCUGAAGAAGAAAAACAGACAGACAAUGGAUUAUGUUGGAGAUGAAUUUACGGAAAGUCUUCGUAAAGAAGUAGGCCUUGGUCUGAAGGAGGUCUAUUCCCAUGAGCAAUGUCAAGCCAUACUGUUUUUCUGCCCCAUUGUUUCUCGUGCUGGAACUGACAUUGACGCUGCAAUGAAGCACCUUGAUCAAAUUCCAACUUCCAAGCCAGUCAUCAUGGUGAUACUCCAUUCUACGUUUGACCCUGAGAGAAUCAUCCCAGACAGCAACAGUGCUAUACAGAGAGAGAACACGUUUGCAGUGGACUGUCUGAUUUUUGAUAACAAAUUACUGAGAUGUCAGAAGAAUGAGAAUGCAAUUGUUAAAACUGCACAGCACUUCAAAUCAAAGAAUCUGACUUCAUAUUACUGGUUGAAUAGUAAGUAUUCAAAACAAUUUUCACUCUUACAAUGCAACAUCGUAAUUAAUUAUAGUUAUAAAAAUAAAUGAAGGAAUGUGAAAGAA